UAUUACUAGUGUGAGAUAGUCAUGCAGGAAGUGGAAUUACGUAAAGGGCCUUGGCUCGAAGAAGAAGACGAACAGCUGUCUGCUGCUGUAGCUGUUUUCGGAGAUAAACGAUGGGAUGCAUUAGCUAAAUCAUCAGGUCUAAGAAGGAAUGGCAAGAGUUGUAGAUUGAGAUGGAUGAAUUAUUUGCGUCCGAAUCUUAAGCACGGAAAUAUUUCUGCAGACGAAGAGCGAAUUAUCAUUCAACUUCACGAGAAAUGGGGCAACAAGUGGUCGAUGAUUGCACGUAGAUUGCCAGGACGAACGGAUAACGAGAUAAAGAACUACUGGAGAAGUUAUUUGAAGAAGAAAGCUCUAGCUUUGGACAAAGAAUGCUUGAGCAGCACUACGAAUACUUGUUUGAGAUCAGAAGAAUGCGAAACGGACAGUCCAUGUUCAGUCAACGAUGAGAUUGUGGGGCCCACGACCGAUUCUUCCGAUGCAUUGGAUAUUAUGCUGAACAUGACAAGCUCACCUUACGAAACAAGAUUGACCGAAUGGAUGAUGUCAUCAAAUUGUGAUAAAGACGAGUUUUCGAACUAUGACCUCUGCUUUUCCGAUGACUAUGCCACGUGGGAUUUUUCUCUCUGGGAUGGGGAGUGACAGAUCAUUUCAUUUAGUGUAUAUAUAGUAUGGUUGUAAAAAGAGUAAUAAUAUACCUUGUGGUGUAAGUAUAAUCAAAUAAAUGUACAAAAACUGUAAAAUGUGGUAAUUAAUGGAAUUCUGAUAUUUUUCCCCUUU